AUGGCGAUGACGACGACGACGACGACGACACUCUUCCACUCACUAAUUCCUAUUAACAGUUACAAACCCAAAGCUGCGGCUUAUUCCUUCGUCUCACUUCCUCGUUCCUCAAUUCCGUCUUCUCCGUCGUCUCUCCAAUUCCGCUCGCUUGUUUCCGAUUCGACGUCGGUUUACGGUCGGAGGAAGUUUAACGAAAAUCUCAGAAGAUUAUCGGUUACCGUUUCCGCCGCCGGAGCAACCGAGCCGCUCACCGUCCUCGUUACCGGCGCCGGUGGAAGAACAGGGCAAAUUGUGUACAAGAAAUUGAAAGAGAGGUCAGAUCAGUUUGUGGCGAAGGGUUUAGUGAGGACAAAAGAGAGCAAAGAGAAGAUCGGUGGAGAGGAUGAAGUGUUCAUCGGAGAUAUCAGAGACCCUGAAGCCAUUGCUUCUGCUGUUGAAGGAAUCGAUGCUUUGGUCAUUCUUACGAGCGCCGUGCCGCAAAUGAAACCUGGUUUUGAUCCUAGCAAAGGAGGCAGACCUGAGUUCUACUUUGAAGAAGGAGCUUAUCCAGAACAGGUUGAUUGGAUUGGUCAGAAGAAUCAGAUAGAUGCUGCCAAAGCUGCUGGAGUUAAACAGAUUGUUUUGGUGGGAUCAAUGGGAGGAACAAACAUUAAUCACCCCUUGAAUAGUAUUGGCAAUGCUAACAUUCUGGUUUGGAAGAGGAAAGCUGAGCAGUACUUGGCUGAUUCCGGUAUUCCAUACACUAUCAUCAGGGCGGGUGGUCUGCAAGACAAAGAAGGUGGCAUCCGAGAAUUACUAGUGGGCAAAGACGAUGAGCUUCUCGAGACAGAAACAAGAACAAUCGCAAGAGCUGAUGUUGCAGAAGUCUGCGUUCAGGCGUUGCAGCACGAGGAGGCAAAAUCAAAAGCACUUGACCUGGCCUCAAAGCCAGAGGGUACAGGCACUCCAACAAAGGAUUUCAAGGCACUUUUCGCUCAAGUCACAACUAAGUUCUGA